CCAAAGUAAAAUCACAUGACGCGCAUUUUGUCAUAUGACAGCGAUGAGAGAGUUGAUUCUUGGGUGAAUAAGGAUCUGGUGUUUUCAGAGCCGCUCAGUGAUGAGAUGCUGCAGGCAGACCCAGGCUGGAGGUUCUGGCUGAUCCGCAGGAGGAUGGACCGUCAGGGGCUUCUGUCUGCCUUCACCGCCGCUUGUUUCAUCGGCUUGGUGCAGAGCCAGACCACGCUCAGCCCUGCUGUGAUGAGCACCACCAUGCAGCAGAAUGGCACCGUUGUGACUCCAACUCCCGUGAUUUUCAGCAGCACCACCCCAGGCUGCUUCAGUUUUAAUGUUUCUACUUGUGAGGCCUGUGCACCGGGGUCACAGUACGACAACAACACGCUGCUGUGCACAUGUUGCCCUGAUCCUGGGCUGUGUAUGUUUCCUGGAGCCUGUCUUCCAUGCAAGAUGGGUUUUUACCAGCCGCUUGCAGGACAGCAAGAGUGUCUGCCCUGCAGUCGAGGCUCGUACGCAAAUUUCACUGGGAGCCCAUUGUGCCACCCCUGCCCUGCUGGAUCCUUCAACAACAACACCAGUGCAGAAAGUUGCACAAGCUGUUCUCCAGGUUUCUUUGCAUCAAAGCUCGGUUCUACAUCCUGCACACCAUGUGUGCAGGGAAGCUUCUGCAACUCCUCUGGUUGCACGCAAUGCCCGAUGUGUCCUGGAGGAGCAGAAGCUCUGCAGACUGCUGCUAAAGACUGCACACCGUGCCGGCCAGGCAUGCACAAGGCUCCCCAUCAGAUGACGUGUCAGAUCUGCAACAGUGGCUUCUACCAGAUCCACUGGGGUCAGGAGAGCUGUGACCUCUGCCCAGACAACCACUACUGCCCUAGCCCUGACGUGAACCCCAUCCAGUGUCCGAGCGAUGCUUUCUGCCCCAGAGGCAGCACGGCUCCGGGUUACUGCAUGGAGACGUUCUUCAGGAAAGCAGAGAACACCUGUGAACUGGCGCCUGUUACUAUCGCUCUGUUGGUUAUCGGAGGAGGUGUGGCCUUACUCUUAAUCAUUUUGCUGGUUCUUCGUCGACGCCGGGACUCCGACGGGGAGCUGGCAGUUGGCCGAGCUCCUCUGCUACGUAAAGAGCGACCUCAGGGCCGGUACUAUGGCCUGCCCUGUGACAUGGAGCCCGUCUACGCCGGCUGGUGAAGCACAAUCAAACUGAACUCUAACGUUAAAGUCCUGAACUGGUGCCUGAAAACCCA